AUGGGCUCUGCGCGAGCAUCCCGGAUAGGGCUUGUGGGAGGGCGGGGGAUGUUGGCAUUGCUGCUGGCCAGUCUCCUCCUGCAAGGGACCUUGGCCAAGAGCAUUGGGACCUUCUCAGACCCCUGCAGGGACCACACGAGUAUCACCUCCCCCAGUGACCCCUGUCUCCUGGGGAAGGGGAGCUCCAGCAGCUUCAGUAGCCGAAGUGGCUCCAGCAGUUCCAGCAGUUUCCUUUCGAGUUCCAGUGGCUCCCGUGGUGGCUCCAGUGGCGGCUCCAGCGGCGGCUCCAGCGGGUCCAUUGCUACCCGGGGUCGUUCUUCAGGAUUUCCGUUAUUUAAGCCGGGAACGGGGUAUUCGCAGAUAAGCUACUCCUCUGGACCUAGCCCUGGUCUACAGGGUGCAUCUAGUUCCUCCCAGUCAGGAAGCCUCAGCUCCCAGUCUGGAGGAGGCUCGAGCUCUUCUGUUUCCCAGACCUCCUCGAUGUCCAGCAGCAGUGGCCAGGAGGUCAACGCCAAGCUGAGUCCCUGUAGUUCCAACAUCCCUGACUCUCCCUGCAGUGGGGGACCCAUCGUCUCGCACUCUGGCCCCUACAUCUCCAGCUCCCAUUCUGUGUCUGGGGGUAAAAUGCCUGUAGUGGUGGUGGUGGAGCAGCAUGGCUCUGGUGGCCCCGGAGUGGGUCAAAGCGUCCCCUGUAGCAAUGGUGGCCUUCCAGGGAAGCCCUGCCCCCCCAUCACCUCUGUAGGCAAAUAUGGCAGCUAUGAGGUGGUGGGUGGCUCCUCUGACAGUUAUCUGGUCCCAGGCAUGACCUACAUCAGGGGCAAAAUCUACCCGGUGGGCCACUUCAUCAAAGAGCACCCCAUCAAAGGCUCUCCAGGGGUUCCCUCCUUUGCAGCCGGGGCCCCCAUCUCUGAGGGCAAAUACUUCUCCAGCAUCCCCAUCAUCCCCAGCCACAGCUCUUCUAGUUCCAACAUCUACCAGUCGGGAGCUUCCUCGGCCAUUGUGUUCCAGCCGGUGGGCUCUGGUGGGGUCCUGCCCUAUGGCGUUGGCUCCAAGGGCUCUAAGGAGCCCUGCUCCCUCUCUAGCUCUGGAGUCCACAGCAGCUCUAGCCUUUCCAGCAGUUCUGGUUCAUCUUUCCAGCCCUGUGGUGGUGUUUCCCAGAGGCCCAGCUCCUCACCAGGCACUGGCUCCUUCAGUGGCAGCUCCAGCUCCCAAUCCCAUGGCAAAAUCAUCCUCCAACCCUGUGGCAGCAAGUCCAGCUCUUCUGGUCACUCUUGCAUUUCUGUCUCCUCUUCAACAUUGAGUAGGCGUCGAGCUGGCUCUUCCCAACAUGACCCCUCAGCUGGUGCCAAGCCCUGUGGCUUUGGCAGCUCUGGAACGAUCCCCUGCCACUCCAUCCGGGACAUCCUAACCCAAGUGAAACCCCUGGGGCCCCAGCUAGCUGACCCCGAAGUUCUCCUACCCCAGGGAGAGUUACCUAACAGUCCAUAAAGCAGAGUUUGCCUACACACACGUGCAGGCGCACACACACACACACACACACACACACAC